GCUAAAAGGGGGUGAAGGCAUAUAACCACAAACGCAUCUCUGCUACAGAGCAGUGUUGCCUGAGAGGGUGAAGCAGAAACUGAGACGAAUAAGUAACAUGAUCUAAACUUGUUAGAUUUAGAGGAAAGUAAAGGGGAAACAAACUUGAUAAAGUAGACAAACUGCUUUUAUUUUGGUAUCAUGGAUGAAGAACCACCAAACCAAGAGAAGGAAAUGACCUGCCAGUCAGACACCACCAACAAUAACCAGCUUGACAAGCCAGCGCUGGAUGACGGGUGUAAAGACUCAGAGGACACCACAGAAGGUCAAAGGGUAACUGGUGUUGUAGAGAGCAAGGAGGCAGAAAAAGCACAAGAUAAGGCUAAUGCUGAAGAUAACAACAUGGAGGAUGUCUCUCAGUGUGAUGAAGAGGGAGGACAAGAUAAAGAGAAUAGGUCCACAGCUGAUGAGGUGAAGGAAGCUGAAUUAACAGAGAAACAAGAUGGGAAAGAAGAUGUGGAGAAUAGUGACAAGAAAGAAGAGCAGGUGGAUGAGAUGCACAAUCAAGAAGGUGGGAACAUCACAGAGGAGAUCAAGGACAAGGAGGGAGUAAAGGUAAAAAACCAAGGAGAAGAUGUGAAAAACAACGAACCAAAAGAAAGUGAGCAGGACAAACAUACAAAACAGGAAGAAAAAGUGGUGGCCGACAAAGGAAAGGCAAAGGAGACAGAAAAACAAGUGAAGCCUAAAAGAAAGGGGGCCUCUUCCUCCUCCAUCUCUCGACCAAGAGCCUCUGCACGUUCCAUUAGAGCGUCCAAUAGAAAUGACAUUAUUGCUAAGUUUCAACAAGGUGCUCCAGAGACACCAAUAGCUCGCAAUUUCAAAAUUCAGAAGUCUACUACAGCGAUGGCAACUGGAGCUUCAAUCAAACAGAAGAUUCUUCAGUGGUGCCGCAACAAGACACGCAAAUAUGAGGGUGUAAACAUUGAAAACUUCUCCUCGUCCUGGAGUGAUGGGCUGGCGUUCUGUGCUCUAAUCCAUCGCUUCUUCCCGGAAGCUUUCGACUACAGCUCACUGAAACCACAGGAGAGGGAGAAAAACUUCACUUUGGCCUUCCAAACAGCAGAGUCCCUGGCUGACUGCUGCCCUCUACUGGAAGUGGCUGACAUGAUCAUGAUGGGAAAUCACCCAGACCCGAUGUGUGUGUUCACAUAUGUGCAGUCCCUCUGCCACAGCCUCUCUAAAAUAGAGAAAGAGAGGAAGGAUAAGGAGGAAAAGGAGAAGGCUGGAACCGAAAAAGAGGAGAAAGAGGAAGAUAGUGAAGCAGCAGGAGAGAAAUUAUGUGCUGACUGUGAGAAAAUGGAGAACCAAGAGGAGAAACUGGAAGAGGACAAAGAAGCAGAAAAGGGAAAUGAAGAGGAGGAAGAUUGCCCAACGAGGCGUCAGGAUGAAGAUGCUGAGGGAGUUUUGGUUGAGGCACAGACUUAGAACAACACUGACAGAAAACAAAAGACUGAAAAGACCAAAGAUUACUGUUGUUGUUGAUGACUUAGUUCAGUGCUGCAUAUAACUGUCUCAACUCAGAUGCUAGUUGUUUAAUGUUCCAAAUAUAUGGAAAUUUUUUUUGUCUCUCGUGCUGUGUUUAUCACUUUAUUUUAAUCACACUCCAAAAAAGAUAAAUUCUUCCCAUAAAUGUGUGUAAAUAAAAAAAGUAUAAUGAAAUGACUGAUGGAAGUAUCACAUAGAAAUCGUUGAAUGAAAAUUAAA